CCCCUCAUUGUCACAACAAAGAGGCAUGUCCAAUCAAAACACGUGAACCGAAACCCCCAAACGUCGUCUUAGUUUCAUUCAUCCAGGGUUCAUCUCGGAGGCAAAAUGAAGGUGAAAAUGUUGCGGCGUGACAACGCGGAUUAUCUGCGCGAGACGAAACACGAUAUUCAUAAGAUUCCACGGAGUUUCCAUCCGGACGCUCACCCGCACGAUGCGGGUCGAGAGUAUGUGCGGGCCCUCAAUGCCGUCAAAUUGGAGAGAGUCUUCGCCAAGCCUCUCAUGGGCGCGUUAGAUGGGCACGGCGAUGCCAUUUCGGCCUUGGCCUUGCAUUGUCAACGCUUGACUUGGAUGGCCUCGAGUGCAGCUGAUGGGCAGAUCCGCUUUUGGGACUUGAUGACCAAGAAGACCUUGAUCAAGGCCAAAGGCCACGAUACAUUCACUCGGGGUAUCACCUUUGAUCCGGCGGGGGAAUUCUUGUGGAGUGUCGGGGACGACAAAACCGUGAAAUCGUGGCGCAUAGCUGAUGUGCCCGUGGAACCGCAGCCCGCCUCCACUUUACCUCCGCAUCAGACUUUCAUCGGCCAGAAAAUGAUGACCGGUCUCAGCCAUCAAGUAGGUGAGCCCAUUCUAGCCACUUGCGGCGAAAACACCUCCCUGUGGAAUACGGAAAUGCACACCGUAGUGCGGGAAUACCAAUGGGGCGUGGAUUCCAUUCAUGACAUCAAGUUCAACCCAACCGAAACGCACAUUUUGGGCGCCUGCGCCUCGGACCGAUCCAUCUUGUUAUACGAUGUGCGCGAGCGCAAUCCCAUGCGCAAAGUCAUCAUGGAGCUUCGGUCCAAUGAAAUGUCUUGGAACCCGAUGGAACCGUUCGUAUUCGCCGUGGCCAAUGAGGAUUACAACGUCUACUCAUUUGACAUCCGGAGUCUGAAGAAGCCCCUCAUUGUACAUAUGGAUCACACGGCCGCGGUCAUUGGCCUAGAUUACUCCCCCACGGGCAAGGAGAUCGUGGCGGGAAGCUACGACAAAACCAUCCGGAUCUUCAAGUGCGAUGAAGGCCAUUCGCGUGAGGUCUAUCACACGAAACGCAUGCAACGCCUGACAUGCGUGGCCUGGACCAAGGACAAUAAGUACAUACUCUCGGGUUCGGAUGAGAUGAACAUCCGCAUGUGGAAGGCCAAAGCCUGGGAAAAACUCGGUCCCUUGAAGGAUCGACAGAAAUCGGCCUUAGACUACAACGAUAAGCUCAAGGAGAAAUUCGCGUCGCAUCCGAAAGUCAGACGCAUCGCUCGACAUCGUCAAGUACCCAAACACGUGAUGAACGCCAGGAAGGAGCACCAAAUCAUCCGUGAGUCCAAGAAGCGGAAAGAGGCCAAUCGGAGGCAACAUUCCAAACCGGGCGCCGUUCCAUAUGUUCCUGAGAGGGAAAAACAUGUCAUUGAAGAGCAAGAAUAAAGUUCAACUUAAGCAUCUAAA